AUGCCGGGGCCCCGGCGCCCCGCCAGCUCCCGCCUGAGCCUGCUCCUGCUCCUGCUGCUGCCGCCGCUGCUGCUGCUGCUCCGGGGCAGCCACGCGGGCAACCUGACGGUAGCCGUGGUACUGCCGCUGGCCAACACCUCGUACCCAUGGUCGUGGGCGCGCGUGGGACCCGCCGUGGAGCUGGCCCUGGCCCGGGUGAAGGCGCGCCCCGACUUGCUGCCGGGCUGGACGGUCCGCACGGUGCUGGGCAGCAGCGAGAACGCGCUGGGCGUCUGCUCUGACACCGCAGCGCCCCUGGCCGCGGUGGACCUCAAGUGGGAGCACAACCCCGCCGCGUUCCUGGGUCCCGGCUGCGUGUACGCCGCCGCCCCGGUGGGGCGCUUCACCGCGCACUGGCGGGUCCCGCUGCUGACCGCCGGCGCCCCGGCGCUAGGCUUCGGUGUCAAGGACGAGUAUGCGCUGACCACCCGCGCGGGGCCCAGCUACGCCAAGCUGGGGGACUUCGUGGCGGCGCUGCACCGACGGCUAGGCUGGGAGCGCCAAGCGCUCAUGCUCUACGCUUACCGGCCGGGUGACGAAGAACACUGCUUCUUCCUCGUGGAGGGGCUCUUCAUGCGGGUCCGCGACCGCCUCAAUAUUACGGUGGACCACCUGGAGUUCGCUGAGGACGACCUCAGCCACUACACCAGGCUGCUGCGGACCAUGCCGCGCAAAGGCCGAGUUAUCUACAUCUGCAGCUCCCCUGACGCCUUCAGAACCCUGAUGCUCCUGGCCCUGGAAGCUGGCUUGUGUGGGGAGGACUACGUUUUCUUCCACCUGGAUAUCUUUGGACAAAGCCUGCAAGGUGGACAGGGCCCUGCUCCCCGCAGGCCCUGGGAGAGAGGGGAUGGACAGGAUGUCAGUGCCCGCCAGGCCUUUGAAGCUGCCAAAAUCAUUACAUAUAAAGAGCCAGAUAAUCCCGAGUACUUGGAAUUCCUGAAGCAGCUAAAACACCUGGCUCAUGAGCAGUUCAACUUCACCAUGGAGGAUGGCCUGGUGAACACCAUCCCAGCAGCCUUCCACGAUGGGCUGUUGCUCUAUAUCCAGGCAGUGACGGAGACUCUGGCACAUGGGGGAACUGUUACUGAUGGGGAGAACAUCACUCAGCGGAUGUGGAACCGAAGCUUUCAAGGUGUGACAGGAUACCUGAAAAUUGAUAGCAGUGGCGAUCGGGAAACAGACUUCUCCCUCUGGGAUAUGGAUCCCGAGACUGGUGCCUUCAGGGUUGUACUGAACUACAAUGGGACUUCCCAAGAGCUGGUGGCUGUGUCGGGGCGCAAACUGAACUGGCCCCUGGGGUACCCUCCUCCUGACAUCCCCAAAUGUGGCUUUGACAACGAAGACCCAGCAUGCAACCAAGAUCACCUUUCUACCCUGGAGGUGCUGGCUUUGGUGGGCAGCCUCUCCCUGCUCAGCAUUCUGAUUGUCUCCUUCUUCAUAUACAGGAAGAUGCAGCUGGAGAAGGAACUGGCCUCGGAGCUGUGGCGGGUGCGCUGGGAGGACGUUGAGCCCAGUAGCCUUGAGAGGCACCUGCGGAGUGCGGGCAGCCGGCUGACCCUGAGCGGGAGAGGCUCCAAUUACGGCUCCCUGCUAACCACAGAGGGCCAGUUCCAAGUCUUUGCCAAGACAGCAUAUUAUAAGGGCAACCUCGUGGCUGUGAAACGUGUGAACCGUAAACGCAUUGAGCUGACACGAAAAGUCCUGUUUGAACUGAAGCAUAUGCGGGAUGUGCAGAAUGAACACCUGACCAGGUUUGUGGGAGCUUGCACCGACCCCCCCAAUAUCUGCAUCCUCACAGAGUACUGUCCCCGUGGGAGCCUGCAGGACAUUCUGGAGAAUGAGAGCAUCACCCUGGACUGGAUGUUCCGGUACUCGCUCACCAAUGACAUCGUCAAGGGCAUGCUAUUUCUACACAAUGGGGCUAUCUGCUCCCAUGGGAACCUCAAGUCAUCCAACUGUGUGGUAGAUGGGCGCUUUGUGCUCAAGAUCACCGACUAUGGGCUGGAGAGCUUCAGGGACCUGGACCCAGAGCAAGGACACACCCUUUAUGCCAAAAAGCUGUGGACAGCCCCUGAGCUCCUGCGAAUGGCUUCGCCCCCUGUGCGGGGCUCCCAGGCUGGUGACAUAUACAGCUUUGGGAUCAUCCUUCAGGAGAUUGCCCUGAGGAGUGGGGUCUUCCAUGUGGAAGGUUUGGACCUCAGCCCCAAAGAGAUCAUCGAGCGGGUGACUCGGGGUGAGCAGCCCCCCUUCCGGCCCUCCCUGGCCCUGCAGAGUCACCUGGAGGAGUUGGGACUGCUGAUGCAGAGGUGCUGGGCUGAGGACCCACAGGAGAGGCCACCAUUCCAGCAGAUCCGCCUGACGUUGCGCAAGUUUAACAGGGAGAACAGCAGCAACAUCCUGGACAACUUGCUGUCCCGCAUGGAGCAGUAUGCAAACAAUCUGGAGGAACUGGUGGAGGAGCGGACCCAGGCGUACCUGGAGGAGAAGCGCAAGGCUGAGGCCCUGCUCUACCAGAUCCUGCCUCACUCAGUGGCUGAGCAGCUGAAGCGUGGGGAGACGGUGCAGGCCGAAGCCUUUGACAGCGUUACCAUCUACUUCAGUGACAUUGUGGGUUUCACAGCGCUGUCAGCGGAGAGCACGCCCAUGCAGGUGGUGACCCUGCUCAAUGACCUGUACACUUGCUUUGAUGCUGUCAUAGAUAACUUUGAUGUGUACAAGGUGGAGACAAUUGGUGAUGCCUACAUGGUGGUGUCCGGGCUCCCUGUGCGGAACGGGCAGCUGCACGCCUGCGAGGUAGCCCGCAUGGCCCUGGCUCUGUUGGAUGCUGUGCGCUCCUUCCGAAUACGCCACCGGCCCCAGGAGCAGCUGCGCUUGCGCAUUGGCAUCCACACAGGACCCGUGUGUGCUGGAGUGGUGGGACUGAAGAUGCCCCGUUACUGUCUCUUUGGAGAUACAGUCAACACAGCCUCAAGAAUGGAGUCUAAUGGGGAAGCCCUGAAGAUCCACUUGUCUUCUGAGACCAAGGCUGUCCUGGAGGAGUUUGGUGGUUUCGAGCUGGAGCUUCGAGGGGAUGUAGAAAUGAAGGGCAAAGGCAAGGUUCGGACCUACUGGCUCCUGGGGGAGCGGGGGAGUAGCACCCGAGGCUGA